ACUACGAAUGGGGCUUCUUCGCCUGCGGAGGGAGGGGCCGGCGAGGCCUUCCGUGGAGUACGGUGGCCUGGAGUGGGCAGCUGUGGGCACGAGUGGCCGGGCGAUGGCUGCGUGGCCCGGCCGGAUGGCAGCCAGCUUUCAGAAGUGACUUUUCUUUUGGGAACUGGACAGUCCAGGGCUGUGGGAGGAACACAGUGCUCUUUAGUAGGUGACGUCUCCUGACGCAGAUGUGGUAAAGAAGCUUCUACAUUCUUGGCUGUGUUACUGGCUUCACUGAGAAAACAUCUUAGAGAUCCAUUGUACUUCUAAGUCUUCAAUAUUUACUCCUUGUGGCUGUUGACCCUCUUAUGAGACACAUUUUGGAAAUUCAAAUGGAAGGGGUCCAAGAAAUUUUGGAUCAAUUAUACAGGAAAGUGCUCCUUGGAGCCACCCUUGAAGAUGACAUCCAUGGUUACAUCUUCUAUCUCAACCUAGAUCUCUCAGAACAAGAUGGCUGUCCAACCUUCUCUGAAGUUCAGUCUAAUGUGCUCGAUAGCAUUGCGGGCCAGCGUGGGCCAUCCUCCCACGAGGUGGCCAUCCUUCCUGAAGCACAGGAGUGUCCCAAGAGACAGCUUCAGAUGGACAGGGCCCAGGAGGUGAAGCUCCUUCAGUUAACAGUGAUUGACAUGAUACUGAGCCAAGUACUGUCUGAUGAAAUGGAGACCCACGCAAAGGAGGGGUACAGACAGCUAACUGAAGUCCUUUUGCAGUCCGUUGAACUUGAUUCCAAAUUGAUCCGCAUGCUCCAGAAUUCUGACAAGUUGUUGUCCCACAUGGCUGCAAAGUGCCUCGCCCUGCUACUGUAUUUCCAGCUGAGAGAGAAGGUCAGAUAAGCCAGCAUAAAAUGUUAAGUAAUUCCUGGAUCACUUUCUGCCAGAAGCAUCUCUCUGAGUCCUCUGAGAGUGGCGAAGCAGUGCAUUGCCUCUGGAUCCUUACAGCUGUGAUAAAAGAGAUCCUUAAAGACACACAUUCACAGAGAGCAGAAAAUCUAAAGCAGCUCUUGACUCCUUUUGACCUUACUUUUGAAGUGUUCUACAAUUCCUUAUUUUCUCAGCAUUUUGGAGACUUCCAGAGCCCCUCUAACAUAACCAACAGCCUCCUGUGCUUUCUGGAGCUGCUUGAGCUUCUUGUAGCCUGCAGAAUCCACCUGAAACUGCACUUCAAGAGCCAGAGGAUGCUAUUUUUGAAACCCCAUGCUCUAGAUAUUCUUGCCUGGCCUAUUCCGGCUUUUAUAAAAAGGAAUUUGGUUAUACUCAUCAAAAAGUGCCUUCUCUGUAAAGUGGGCGAAGACCUCUGCCGUGAAUCUGUGCCCUCCCUGGUGUCACCAAAUCAUCUUCUGGACAGUGACAUGCUCACUUUAGCUGAUGCACUUCUGCACGCUGUGCAUAUGGGGUUGUGGAAGGCACUGGCUGUCUCUGGAAAGCCUUCCUGCUUUGGAGGGGAUGAAGUUCAGCCUGGAUGCAGACUCAGGACCGGUCCUGAUCACGUGACCCUGAGAGCAGCAAGCUUAAUUACAGUGAAGUCCUUAGAAAUCAAGUUCCAGAAUUGUGCCUCAGCAGCUGAGAUGGAAGUUGCCUUGCAGACGUUCAUGUCCGAGCUACUGGCCUUCUUAAAGCCUCACCUCCAGCCCUCUCUGCAGCCACACAACCCGUGCGAGUGGUUGUCCAGGGUCUUCAUAGAGCAGGACGAUGACAUGCUGGAGGCUGCCAAGGCCUCUCUGAGCAUCUACCUCCAGCUGACCAGAGAGUGGGAUGCUUCUGCAAGUCUGACCCAAGAAAAGGAAGCAUGGAUCCGCUCCACACAUGGACAUGGCUGUAACCCUCACUGUGUUUUCUUAUUCUUCUUAAAGAAUGUAGCGUUCGAUUCUACGGUUCUUCUCGACUUCUUGAUAUCCUCAGAAACCUGUUUCCUUGAAUAUUUUGUUAAAUAUUUAAAACUGCUGCAGAAAGACUGGGCCCACUUUCUGUCCAUCUGCAAGUUCUUUGCUUCAGUGGAAUCACAAUGCAGAGUGCGUGUUCAUGAUCCUGUCCCCUCACCUGCCCGUGGCAGAAGCACCAGCUACAUACUACCUCAUGCUCCGGCUGGAGAAAACACUUGCCCCUGGCUCCCCUGGGCUUCUGAUGCCUCCUCCGAAUCCCAGAGCCAGGUCAUGAUGCCCAAGCAAACUCACCCAAUGCCAGCUAAUGGCCCACCUUCCCGGACACCACAGAGUCUCGUAGAUUAUGACAGCUCCGAAGCUUCUGAGGAGGAAACCACAAGUGAGCAUUUAGCAGACAGCAAACAGACAUCUUUAUGUCAAGAAAUGACUGAGGAGAUCCAGGGCCUGCCUAGGACAUGUAAGGAGCAAAAGGAACAUAGCCUGGAGCCUCAGUCGAGGCCUUUGCUCUCUGCAGAGUCCAGUUCUCCCAUCUCUGCCAAGGGUGGAGUUGCUCCAGACAGGACUGUCUGGGAAGUGGGAUUGUUUCUCCAUACAGUGAAAUGCCUUGAGGAGCUACAGAGAGCAAUUUACCGUUUGCAGGGGAAAAAUCUCUUUCCAUAUAACCCAGCGGCACUGCUGAAGUUGUUGAAAGGUGUGGAGGCUAAAUGUGUUAACAUGUGAGCCCUGGGUAACACAGCAGCAUCUGUCCUCAGCUUUGUUCUCUUUUGAUAUAAAGUGUCCAUCUAAGAUAAAUAAAAACAAACACAAACUGCAAACAUGGGUUUCUGGGUCUUUGCCUUAUGGAGCAGCAUAGUGUUUGAGAAAGGAACAUCCCGUGACAGGUCAAUUGGCCCAGCUUGCUACAGCGGAGAGUUUACGCUGGUUCAGACUACACGGAAUUCGCCAUGACAAAUGACUGCAUAUUCUGUAGCCCAAACUAAGUCAGAUUUAUCUUCUGAGCUCAAGAGGCCAGAAGCUUAAAAUCAAGAUAUGCAGUGUAAUGUCCUGGGACACUGCACAUCCUAUCCAUGAUGCACCUCCAUCUCUGCAUGCUCUGCAUCGUUUGCUACCAUGGUUAGUUUUUCUUUUGUUUUGAGCAUAGCUUUCCAGCUGGAGUAACAUUGUCUCCUUGUAGCUUUGAUUUGCCCUGCCCCUGCCCUGAUCUGAGACAUCCACUACUCAUCCUUGUCCAAAGAGCCAGUUUCAAGUUGAGGAAGAUACCCUGUCUUAAGGCAGAAAAGCCUAGUCAAAUAGAAGUGUGGAUGUCAAAACGUUCAGGGAGACAUGUUGGUGAGGCAGUGUAUACUUGAAUCUUAAACUUGAUUUGUCUUAGUUACAGGCCUGGCAAUGGCAAGGAAAGCUUUGGACUGCGGGGCUUGGUGGCCGUUCCUGCUUCCUUUCUCUUUGCCGUUGGCUUGUUCUCAAACUCCUGUGUGCAGCCCUCUUACCUCAGCUUCCCCUUGGCAGCUCACUACUGUAACACCUCAGGGGAGUUGACACCUUUACACAGAUAUUUAUGCAGGUAAAACACCAAUGUACUGAGAUAGAAAUAAAUAAAAAUGUAAAACAAGGAUGAUACAUUAUAAAAGACAAGACUAGACUUAUUUCAUUGGAAUAUUGCAGACCUGUAAAGAAGAAUGCAUUGUGUCCGUGCUGUGGAUAUGAAACUUCUCCACCAAAAACCAAAAAGAAUAUACAGGGCUUCCAUUUGUUUAAGAAAAGUAUUGGGCAGGAGCAAAGACACUUACAUCCUUGUGUGCCCAUGUAUGUGAUUACCUUUUGGUAUCCAAAGGCAUAGCUUCCAGAACCCAUUGCUACCCCUACCAUGAAACCAAAAUCCAUUGACAAUCUCUUAAUAAAACAGCAUGCAAUCUUCAUACAACCUACAUACAUCUACCUAGAUCCACUUACACUCACACAAGACAAGUUCUGGUUGCAUUGUAACAUUUAAUUUUUUUUGCUUACUUUACAUCCCAAUCUCUCCUCCCAGUUGCACCCUUACAAGUCCCUCCCCCAGGGUCCUUCAUGUUCUCCUCAGAGAAGGGGAGCCCCCCGGGCUACCACCCCACCCUGGCACACCUAGUCUCAGCGGGACUAGGCACAACUUCUCCCACUGAGGACCAACCAGGCAGUCCAGUUGGAGGAAGGGGAACCAAUAAGGAAGGGAAGACAGUCCCUGCCCCAGUUUUUAGGGGACCCCACAUGAAAACGAGCUGCACAUUUGCUACAAGUGUGUAGGGGUCCUAGGUCCAGCCCCUGAAAGCUCCCUGGUUGGUGGCCCAGGCUCCAUAACUUCCAUGGUCCCAGGGUAGUUGAUUCUAGGUUUUAUGGUGUUCCUAACCACUCCGACUUGCUCACUUCUAUCUCCAACUCUUCCACAAGAGUCCCAGAUCUCUGCCUGAUGAUUGGCUGUGGGUCUCUGCAUCUGCCUCCCUCCGCUGCUGGAUGAAGCCUCUCAGGAGACAGUUGUGCUAGGUUCCUGCCUGCAAGCAUAGCAGGAUAUUAAUAGUGUUAGAGGUUGGCUCUUUCCCAUGGAAUGGGUCUCAGCCAAUGAGGCAGUCGCUGGUGACUGUUCCCUUGGUCUCUCUUCCAUCUUUAUCCCUGCAUGUCUUGUAAGCAGGACAGAUUUUGUGUUGACAACUUUGUGGGUGGAUUGAAUUCCCCCUCCCUCCUCUGGAAGUCCUGCCCAGCUACAGGAGGUGGCCUCUUCAGUCUCUAUAUCCCUGUCUGGUAGGAAGCUCAGCUUGGGUCACCCCCAUAGACUCCCAGUAUCUUCUGUCCCAGGCCCAGCUAGUCACUAGAGAGCCCCCCAUUUCCAUUCUCCCAGCCUUCUCCAGCCCCCCACCUCUUGCCACACCUGAUUUACAUGCUUGCUUCCCUUCCUUGUCACCCCUCUUCUCUCUCCAUCCACCUCCAGUGGCUAGUUAUUUUCCCCUUCUGAGUGAGAUUUGCACAUCAUUCCUUGGGACCUACUUUAUUACCCAGUAGCUUUGGGUCUGUGAAUUGAAGCAUGCUUAUCCUUCACUUGAUGGCAAAUGUCUACUUAUAAAUGAUUAUAUAUCAUCUGUCUUGCUGGCUCCAGGGUACCUCACUCAGGAUGGUAUUCUCAAGUUCCAUCCAUUUGCCUGAAAUUUUUAUAAUAUUUUUGUUUUUAACAACUGAAUAGUAUUCCAUUGUGUAGAUGUACCACAUUUUCUUUAUUCUUUAGGUUGUUUCCAGUUUCUGACUAUUAUGACUAAAGCUGUUAUGAGCAUAGA